AUGUCGGAUGCCGUGAACGUCCUCGUGCACGUGGCCCCCUCCCGGGGCGGCGGCGGCAGCGGCAGUGGUGGGGGCGGCGGGAGUGCGCACGCCGUCGCGUCGUGCCGCGACGAGGUUUCUGGUGGCGAGGGCGAUUGGCUCUCGCGGCAGCGUGGCACAGGCGUGGAGAGCGCCAUCGGGGCAGUGUGGGACAUCUGGGCGGCGGAGGACGAGCCGCGGCUGAGCGCCUUCCUCGCGCGCGUCGCAUCGGAGCGCGGCGAGGCGCCGGCGCACCCAAUUCAUGACCAGUGCUUCUACGUCGGUCGCGCGUUGCGGGAGCGGUUGGCCGCCGAGGAGGGAGUGCGGGGGUGGCGUUUCGUGCAGCGGCAGGGCGAGGCGGUCUUCAUUCCGGCGGGCUGCCCGCACCAGGUGCUCAACGUGCGCGCUUGUAUCAAGGUUGCGCAAGACUUCGUCUCGCCAGAGCAUCUCCCGCGCUGCCUCUCCCUCCUCGACGCUUUCCGUCCUCUUCCACGCGCCCACAAGCGCUCCGAGGACCUGCUGGGCCCAAAGGCGAUCGCCGCUCAUGCCGCAUCGCGCGCGCUGCACGCUUUGGGCGCGCAUUUCCUCCACCAACCGCCGCACGAAUCGCAGCCGCCGCAACGCCAGGCUCCGCCGCCGCGCCCGCCGCCGAACCCACCGCCCGCGGGCACGCCCGCGGGCACCGGCGGCGCCGCCGGUGGCGGCACGAAGGCGGAGCGGCGGGGCGGCGGCGCCGGCCGUGCGGCGGCGCAGGCGGUGGGCAGGAGCCCCGCACGCUCGCCGGUCAACGCGGGCCGCGGCGGCGGCUUGAGAGGCGCAGCGGGUGAUUGCCUCGCGUGCCGCGGCAAGCACCGACCGCACACGUGCGGCGAGCGGGGCCGCGGUGCGACGCCCUCGCCCAAAAAGCCGCGUGCGAGAUAGAGGUAGAGCACCGGCCAACAGCCCCGAUGAGAACGCGCGCCUUCGAACCUCCCCCUCGCUUGCAGCUCGUCCCGCGCGCGCCACAUCCGCUCCACUGCCUUCACUUCGUCGCCGGUCGCGUGGACCAGGCGAAGCGCUUUCAGUAAGCUGUUUCCGCAC